AUGUCCCAGCAAAACACUCUGCCAGUGAUUCUGCCCCCUGCCCUCUCUCAGGAGUCCCUCAAGCCUGCUUCUCCUCCCACCAAUACCCAGCAGGAGCAAGUGAAGCAGCCAACUCCACUGCCUGCCCCAUGCCAGAAGGUACACUCGGAUCUCCCAGGGGAGGUCCCCUUGGAGCUCGGGGAGAAACACACAAUUGUGGAAGGGGUGCCUGAGCAAAAGUGUGAACCACAGCAACCAGAGCCAGAGCAGCAAGAACAGCAUGUGGAACAGCAGCAGCAAGAGUCACAGGUGCCAGAAGAGCAUGUGGAGCAACAGCAGCAGGAGUCACAGGUGCAGGAAGUGCAUGUGCAGCAGCAACACCAAGAAUCACAGGUGCAGGAACAGCAUGUGAAGCAGCAGCAGCAGGAGUCACAGGUGCCAGAAGAGCAUGUGGAGCAGCAACAGCAAGAAUCACAGGUGCAGGAAGUGCAUGUGGAGCAGCGGCAACAAGAGUCACAGGUGCAGGAACAGCAUGUGGAGCAGCAGCAAGAAUCACAGGUACAGGAAGUGCAUGUGGAGCAGCAGCAGCAGGAGCCACAGGUGCCAGAAGAGCAUGUGGAGCAACAGCAGCAGGAGUCACAGGUGCAGGAAGUGCAUGUGCAGCAGCAACACCAAGAAUCACAGGUGCAGGAACAGCAUGUGAAGCAGCAGCAGCAGGAGUCACAGGUGCCAGAAGAGCAUGUGGAGCAGCAACACCAAGAAUCACAGGUGCAGGAACAGCAUGUGAAGCAGCAACUGCAAGAGUCACAGGUGCCAGAAGAGCAUGUGGAGCAGCAACACCAAGAAUCACAGGUGCAGGAAGUGCAUCUGGAACUGCAGCAACGAGAGUCACCGGUACAGGAAGUGCAUGUCAAAAAGCAACAGCAGGAGCUACAGGAGCAGGAAGUGCAGCAGCAAAAAGAACAGCACGCGGAGCCUCAGAAAGCAGAACACCUGGGGCUGCAGCUGGAGCAGGAGAAAACACAAACAGAGCAGCAGCUGAAAGGACAGCUGGAACAGGAGAGGAAGGUCUUGCGCCAGCACUUGGAUCAAGAGCCAGCUAGGAGAGAGGAGCAAAUGGAAAAGAAAGAGGAGCAGCUGCUGGAGCAGCAGGACGGGCAGCUGAAACAGCCUGUGUGUGCCCCCGCUCCCAACCAGGUCCAAGAGACCCACCCAGUCCUGCCACUGGAGGGAAAAGCCUUGCCCUCUGAAGAAGCAGGUGUAGUGCCUUCUAAACAUAAGUAA